CACUCUAACAGCUUCAACCUCAACAUGCGGACCUCAAACCAGCUCAAACAUUGAUUGAUCUUACUGCCAUCAUGUUGAAGUUCUUUUCGAGCCCCAUUCUUGUCUUUUCUUCGGCCAUUGUGCUGCGUGUAGUCCUGUUCUUCUAUGGCUUAUGGCAGGAUGCCAACUCCCCCAUGAAAUACACUGACAUUGACUACUAUGUCUUCACCGAUGCAGCUCGAUUUACUGCGCGCGGUUACUCGCCAUAUGAUCGGGAAACAUAUCGCUACACACCUCUUCUGGCAUGGAUGCUCUUGCCUACCACAUGGUCCGCCACGUGGUUUUCAUUUGGCAAAGUGCUGUUUGCAAUCGGGGAUAUAGUGGCGGGAUGGCUGAUUGUUCUUGUUCUCCAAGCGUCAAGUAAGAUGUCGACAGAACGGGCGUUGAAAUUUGCAAGCAUCUGGCUCUUGAAUCCAAUGGUAGCGACCAUCAGUACUCGAGGAAGCUCCGAGGGCCUAUUAGGGGUCAUGGUCAUUGCCCUGCUGUGGGCUAUUAUGAAAAAACGCAUAUAUGUCGCUGGGCUUCUACUGGGUCUUGGCGUCCAUUUCAAAAUCUAUCCUUUUAUUUAUGCUCCUUCUAUCAUCUGGUGGCUCGAUGAUGAGCAAGUAGGCUCGAGAAAGUCCGGGAGCUCCACGAAGACCGAUAUUGUCAGCCAGAUCAAAAACUUCUGCAAUGGCUCCAGGAUCAAGAUCACUGUGACAAGUCUCUUGACUUUCAUAAUCCUCAACACCCUCAUGUACUCGAUAUACGGCUGGCCUUUUCUUCAGCAUACAUAUCUACACCAUGUUACACGACUUGACCACCGGCACAACUUUUCGCCAUAUAAUACGCUCCUUUAUCUGAACUCCUCUGCACCUGGAACCUCGCUCAUCCCGCUCGAGUCCGUUGCGUUCAUUCCACAGCUGUUUCUAUCGGCGUUCGCACUCCCACUCAUGCUCGCUAAGAAAGACCUUCCAUCCACUAUGCUAGCCCAAACUUUUGCAUUUGUCUCCUUUAACAAGGUCUGCACUAGUCAGUACUUCCUUUGGUACAUGGUGUUCCUACCAUUUUACCUCCCGAACUCAUCAUUACUUGCUCGAAAGUACCUCGGAAUCGCAGCUGCAUCAUUGUGGGUGGCAGCCCAAGCCUUGUGGCUUCAACAGGGCUUUGAGCUGGAGUUUUUGGGGAAGAGUACAUUUGUUCCCGGUCUUUGGCUUGCAAGCAUUUUGUUCUUCUUGACGAACAUAUGGAUUUUGGGUAUAAUUGUAUCCGACGUCGGAUCUGGGCCGCGGCCACUUCGUGUAAAGUAAGAAGUCAGAGUCAUCCCUCUCAAUCUAUGGGGUAUCAAAUCCGAUGAAUGACCUCGCGGCAUUCUGUGCAGUUGCCAUGGAGCGAUUUAUCUAAAGGGGCUACUGUGGAUGUAGCGAUGGAUUGUCCGACGCCCAUCUUUCAACAGGAAGUGCAUGAGCCGCAGAGUUGGUCAGUCAAAUGACUUAGCUUCGUUGAGCAAGCAUGGCGGGGCGCUUGGGCACAUGUUCCAGGUCGUUUCAUGAAUCGACCUGUAAGUGAUGCAAUAUUCAGUUCGUCUUGGAGGACAAAACAAGAUGCUUGUACCGUAGAAGUUAGGAUAUGAGAAGUUGCAAGACCGUCAUUUGCGCGGACCUGCUCUCCUCUCAAUUAGAACGUGUGUUAGUCGCAAAGCCUUUGGGAGGUACAUGUAACCUAGCGACCCAAAAUGUUAAAUAUACC